AUGGGUCUCGUCGAGGCCAGCACAUACUCUGGCACGCAGUACGUGAUUGGGGCCUGGUACCGGCCCGAGGAGAUGGGGAAGCGCACGGGUCUCUUCGCCGCGAGCGGGAUGGCGGGCACCAUGUUCUCGGGCGCGCUCAUGGCCGCUAUCAACUGCACGCUGGACGGGCGGAGGGGGUUGCCCGGGUGGAAGUGGCUCUGGAUCAUUCUCGGGUGCAUGACUGUGCCCUUUGGGCUGGUGGGGUAUGUCGUCUUCCCCGACUUGCCCGGGACGACGAGGGCGUUCUGGCUCAGCGAGAGCGAGAGACGACUCGCUGUCGAGAGGUUGCCGAAACCGCCGGAGAGGAGCGAGGGGCACAGGCUCGGCAUGGAUCUCGCAAGGAGAGUGCUGCUCAGGCCGGAAUUCUACACCCUGUCCCUGUUCUGGGUCAUUGGCGGCGCACUCGAGGCCUUCAGCACGCAGUCCUGCAUGCUGCUGUGGAUGAAGGCUGUGGGCCGCUUCACCCGCGCACAGAACAACACGUACCCUCUCGGCGUCACUGCCGUCGGCAUCGUCGCGACGCUCCUGACUUCGGUCGGCAUAGACGCGAGCGGGAAACACAUGGUGUGGGGUUUUGCGGCAUGUGCGCUCCAGAUCGCGGCGUGCGGGAUGCUCAUCGCGCCGCGGCUGAGGGAUGGGGCAGUGUUCGCGGCGUACUCAUACAUGAUCCAACCCGUGUGCUUCACGUGGGCGAACAAGAUCCUCCUCCGGACCGGAGACGAGGCAGCGAGGGCUGUGACGCUUGCUGAUGCCAGGUUCGCCUUCUGGGGUAUCGUCCUGUAUCCCGUGCCAGACGCGGAGACCUUGUUUCGCAAAGGCACGAUCGCCAUGUUUGUCGUCAGCGGUCUGCUUGCCCUCUGGAUCGUCGUCGUGUGGUACCUCGAGAAAUGGGUGGUGCGGCGAGUCCCGCCGCCGAAGGAGGAGCCAGCGAUCGAAAUCGAGAUCCCUGGGAAGGAUUCCGAUCUGUCGAUUACCAAGGUGUAG